UCUCCUCAAACUGAAAACGUCACCGUUUAAGCUUCUAAACCAAAACUCACCUGUCCUGUUAAAUCACCCCUCGCGGCUGCGAUUCGCUUUCUCCAUUUCCACCGGGAUACUUUUCUUUUCGAAACGCGAGUGAAACAAUGCCGUACUACUCAAGGCAAGGCGAAGAUGACGUCCACGACUUCGACGAGUACGAUCCGACGCCAUACGGUGGCGGAUACGACCUCGCCUUAACCUACGGACGUCCGUUGGAACCGUCCGAUGAGACUUGCUACCCUUCAUCGACACCGUCUGAUGGAGACUUUGAUUACGCUUGUCCCCAUUUCUCUUCCAGCUGCGAGCCCUGUGCUUACGCCGACGAAGCUCUCCAAAUUGAGUACAGCAGCUAUGCCCGAGCCAAGCCCCGACCAGGACCUGGACCCGCUUAUGGUGGUGGCCCUGGUGGCUAUGGGGCUCAACAUGAGCCUGAUUAUGGAUCUGGGUACGGAAGGAAGCCUGACUAUCAGCAAUCCGAAUCGGGUUAUGGACGGAGGCCGGAUUUUGAACGACCCGGAUCCGAAUUUGAAUCUGGAUAUGGGCGAAGACCAGAGUUCAAGCAGCCUCCGCCGGAGUUUGGAUCUGGGUAUGGCCAGAGGCCCGAAUACGAGCAGCCACCUCCGCCGGAAUUUGGAUCCGGGUAUGGACGAAGGCCCGAAUUUGAGCAACCUCCACCGCCUGAAUUUGAAUCUGGGUAUGGCCGGAGACCCGAGUAUGGGGAACAUGGAUCCGAGUACGGAACUGGGCAUGGCAGGAAACCCGAGUAUGGAGAAUACGGAUCCGAAUAUGGGAGGAAACCCGGGUACGGUGAGUCUGAAUCUGAAUACGGGUCCGGGUAUGGCCGGAAGGCAGAGUAUGAGGGAGGUGGAUCCGAAUAUGAGACUGGAUAUGGACGGAGGCAUGAGGGCGAGCAAGGAUCGCGUUAUGGAGAGAGGACGGAGACAGGAUAUGGGUCCGGCUAUGGGAGGAAGGAGAGCUAUGGUGGGGAGGAGUAUGGAGGAGAGAGGAGCGAGUAUGAGAGGAAACCAAGUUAUGGGAGAUCGGAGGAAGAGGAAGGGGAGUAUAGGAAGCCGAGUUAUGGUUAUGGUGGUGAAGAAGGUUAUGGCCGCAAGAAACAUGGGGAUGACAACUCUGAUGAUGAUGAGGAGAAGAAGCAUCACCGCUAUAAGCACCACCACCACAGGCACCAUGAUGAUGAUGAGUAAUCAGACUGGUGGUAAAUCACUGAAUGGAGUUCGUGCCAUAGUAGCUACUACUAAAUAAAGGUUGAGGCAUGCCUCCUUUGAUGGUAUCUACUACUGUUGCCGAGUGGUUCAUGUGUGUCAGUGACUGUGAUUGUCAAUAAAAUCCCCAAACAUUUGGGUUACUGUGUUGUGCUUGCAUAAUAUCAACUUGGUGAUGAUAAUGUGAUGAUGCCGUAUGAUGCUUAUGUGUGC